AUGUCGCUUUACUAUCCACAAGUGAGAAAGGCUCUUGAUUGUAUUCUCAGACAUUUGGACAAGGAAGUGGGAAGAUCAAUGAGUAUGACUAAUGUACAAAUGUCUAACAAGGAGCCUGAAGACAUGAUCACAGGUGAACGAAAGCCUAAGAUCGAUCUCUUCCGGACGUGUGUGGCUGCUAUUCCCAGGCUGAUUCCUGACGGCAUGAGCAGGGCAGAACUUGUUGAACUCUUGGCAAGACUCACCAUUCACAUGGAUGAAGAGCUUCGUGGUUUGGCAUUCACUACUCUACAAGCUUUAAUGGUUGAUUUUCCAGACUGGAGGGAGGAUGUUUUGUCAGGGUUUGUGUCAUUCAUUGUCAGAGAAGUGAACGAUGUCCAUCCAACGCUCCUAGAUAACUCUGUCAAGAUGUUAGUCCAAUUAAUAAACCAUUGGAAACAAGCAGUUCAAUCUCAAAUGAAAGGUCACGAUUCCCAGCGUGGAGUUCCUAAUGGAACUGCCCACACAUUACCAGUGGAACGGAGCCCUUAUUCAUCAGUCUUCCAUGCAGCAGAAGGUUUUGCCUUAGUGGUUCUCUGCAGCUGUCGGCCAGCCACCAGGAGACUUGCUGUCAACAUUCUAAGAGAGAUUAGGACUUUGUUUACAGCUUUGGGUGUUUCAAAGGGAGAUGAAGAGCUGACAAUUGAUGUCAUGGAUCGAUUAAGCCCUUCCAUCUUGGAAAGCUUCAUACACCUUACUGGAGCAGACCAGACAAACCUGCUGUAUUGCCCCACUGGCAUAGACCUCCAGACACUUGCAGAAUGGAGUUCCUCUCCCAUCAGCCAUCAGUUUGAUGUGGUCAGUCCUUCACACAUUUGGAUAUUUGCACAUGUGACACAGGGUCUGGACCCUUGGGUAAUUAGCUUAUCAAGCUUCCUGAAGCAAGAAAAUUUGCCCAAACACUGCCCAUCAGCAGUGAGUUAUGCUUGGAUGUUUUCAUACACCCGCCUACAGAUGCUUUCUCCACAAGUGGACAUAAAUAGUCCUAUAAAUGCCAAAAAAGUGAGCACCACAAUCGGCAACGAUUCCUACAUUGGGCUUUGGAGAAACUACCUUAUCCUUUGCUGCAGUGCGGCAACGUGUAGUACAGCUCCUUCAGGAUCACUAAGGUGCUCACCUCCAGAGACGCUGGCGUCUACUCCUGAUAGUGGAUAUAGUCUGGAUUCUAAGAUAAUUGGCAUUCCAUCCCCAUCUUCAUUAUUCAAGUUUAUAGUUCCAAUGAUGCGCUCUGAGAGCAUGGAAAUUACAGAAUCUCUGGUGCUGGGGCUUGGCAGGACCAAUCCUGUAGCAUUUAGAGACUUGAUAGAAGAACUUCAUCCCAUUAUAAAAGAAGCACUUGAAAGAAGACCAGAGAAUAUGAAACGACGCAGGCGUCGAGAUAUUUUGCGGGUACAACUCGUGAGGAUCUUUGAGCUACUAGCGGAUGCUGGCGUAAUUAGUCACAGUGGAAGUGGAGGCCUUGAUAAUGAAACACAUUCCCUCAAUAACACUUUGUUGGAGUAUGUUGAUCUCACAAGGCAGCUGCUUGAAGCUGAGAAUGACAAGGAUUCUGACACGUUAAAGGAUAUCCGAUGCCAUUUCAGUGCCUUGGUGGCAAAUAUCAUUCAAAAUGUCCCAGUGCACCAACGCAGGGCUAUCUUUCCACAGCAGAGUUUACGCCAUAGUCUAUUUAUGCUGUUCAGUCACUGGGCUGGCCCAUUUAGCAUAAUGUUUACUCCUCUGGAUAGAUACAGUGACAGGAACAUGCAAAUUAACCGACACCAGUACUCUGCAUUAAAG